GACAUUUGUUUACAUGUGGGCGAGCCGGGGUGGAGAGUGGCGGCUGCCUUAGGUUGGUUAGAUGUACAGUUUAACUUCAGUGCUUCAGCAGCCACUGCCAACGUAAGAAUAUAAGAAUAAAGAUAUUAAAACAUUGGUAAUGAUAAGCCUUACUCGUCAUUGGCGUGUCGUUGCACAGUCAGCUUGGACCAUCAUGAGUAAGCAACCUGUAUGCACAUCUAGCUAUGCUAUGGUGAGAGCUCUAGAGGAGUUGGAAAAGAACCCAUAUUUUGAGAAGUAUGCAGGAAAAAUUGCUAAAGUUCAAAGAGAAUCUCCGGAGGAAUUUCUAUCCAAAUUUGCUAAGAGUAAAACAGUGAAGGAGAGUAAGUCUGGUGGACCUGGAUUCACAGAAAAGGCUAAAGUAUCCAAGGAUUCUCUUCCCAAAGAUGCUUUUGCUCCACAAAAGAAACUUGACAGCAUAUUGAAGAUUGAUCUUCUGAAAGACAAGACCAAUGAAGAACUAAAAUAUAUCUGGACAGAACACUUUCGGAACAAGGAUGCAGUAAGCGGAAUCAUUCCUGCUGACACGUACUGGAAACUCUAUGAAACGGGUGCUAAAUACACAACAUUUUUGUUCCCGCUUCCUAGGAAUGAGGGUUAUGAGUUUAUUGUUGCACAGUUUGCUGCACAUGAGGUGCACUUCACCCCUCUAAUAAAUUAUCAGGCAUACAAAGAGAAUGCCCCAGAGUGCCUUACAAUAGUACACUAUCCUGACCUGAAAGAAGAAAGAGGCAUUGUCUUCAUGCAAGGCGAAUAUGACAAGAAUAUAAUUAAUGCCUUUGAAGCCCAGUUUCUGGUCAACCAACUUCAACUUUAUUAUGGUGGAAAUGACAAGGUCAAGAAAGAAAUCUUGGAAAGGUUUCACCAUAUGCCUGAUCAAUUCAAGCAUACUGAGCUUAUUAAUCAGCUGGAGAGUCUCGACCUCAGUUCGCUGUCCAUCCAAGAUAAGCCGAAAAAACAUGAAAAACCUGCUGAAUGAUGACUUUAUUUUACUGUAUAUACAGUAUUGUAUAGUAAUUUUAAGAGGCAAUUGGCACACUAAACAAGUCCAGGGAUAAACUGGAGGCAAAGAGUAUAAGAGAGGAGGUGGUCACGGCCUUUUUAACUUAUCUUCAAGCCGAAGGAACAUAGAGGAAGGCCUCCCUGUUAAAGUAGCUGAAAAUAGAAUGAAAGUGCAUCUCAAGCUGCCAAUAGUGUAGUGCAGUUUAGAAAUAAAUAAUGUGUUACAGUAGUACUGUACUUUACUGUACUGUACUGGAAGAUGGGAUAUCACGAGCAUAGAUCCAUCUGUUGAUUUUUUGUUUAGUGUUUAUAAACAAAAUAAUUAUAAGCAUUUAAAUGUACAGUGAUAAUACCCCAAAACGAUAACAAAAUUAGGAUAAUGUGUCACUUUCUAGAGGUUUUUCUAAUAGCUUUAUUAUAACAAUGCCACAUAAUAUCACAUUUGAGCUGUAGAGAAGUACAGAGGAUUUAACCAUUUCUACGCAUAAACAUUGACAAAAGUAUACCACCCAAAACUACAUGAAACUAAAUUUUAACAAACUAUAUACAGUAUAACAUUUUUUUGGAGAACAAAUUCAAUGUUAAACAAAAGAACAUACUAUAAUAAUACAGAUCUAUCUUUUCCAUGCAGUGAGUCAGUACAGUUUGCUGGUGCCGUUUAUUUCGGAAAAAGGUCUUGCAUUUUAAGGUCUUUUACGUUACUUUAAGAAAAAACUUAAAUUUUAAUUUAUUUUUCGAUGAUAAUCAUCCAGUGCAUAUAUAGUACUGUAAAUAUAUUGCUCGAAGUUGGGAGCCAUUUUAUACUUGGACACUAAAAGAAUUACCUUCAUCUAUUCCCAAAAAUUAUAUUCUUAAAGUAAAGGAGAGCAUUUGUGGAUAAAAAAUGUCCAUUAUAAGCAUCUUGA